UAAGAGAUGAGACAAUAAAUAAAAGAUGAGUAGCUGGGAACGUGCAACAGAAAAAUAGUUCACCCAACUUUCUCCUAUUAAUAUUUCUCUCUUCUCUUCCAACUUCUAACCUUUUUCAGACACACACAUAAUAUACACACGCUUUCGAUAAAAAAAACUCUCUGAUUUCAAUAAUAACAAGGAAAACAAAAUGGAUCACGAAAAGUCCACCUCUUGUUGCUGCGUUCUCGAUGCUUCCACUUAUGUGGGUUUCUGGAUUCUCAAGAAAUUGCUUAGCAGAGGAUACUCUGUUCACGCAGCGAUUCGUAAAAACGGAGAAAAUGAAAUCGAGGAGAAAAUCAGAGAGAUGGAAGCAACUGAAGAGAGACUAGUGGUGUACGAUGUAGAUGUUCUUGAUUAUCAAAGCAUACUUGUCUCUCUCAAGACAUGUAACGCUGUCUUCUGCUGCUUAGAUAGCCCUGAAGGAUACGAUUUGUGGCACGCAUUGGCAAAGAUGUUGUCGGAGAAAGCAGCUUGGGCACUAGCCAUGGACCGUAGGCUCAACAUGGUCUCUAUCAAUCCUGGUCUUAUCGUCGGACCAUCAGUCGCACAACACAACGCUAGGCCCACCAUGUCCUACCUCAAAGGAGCUGCACAAAUGUACGAGAAUGGAGUGUUGGCGUACGUAGACGUUAAGUUUUUAGCGGAUGUUCAUAUUAAAGCAUUCGAGGAUGUUUCAGCUUGUGGUCGAUAUUUCUGCUUCAACCAAAUCGUCAACACAGAAGAAGAAGCUCUCAAGCUUGUCGAGAGUUUGUCUCCUUUGAUUCCUAUGCCACCGAGGUAUGAGAAUGAGAUGCAAGGAAGUGAGGUUUACGAAGAAAGAUUAAGGAACAAUAAACUGAGCAAGCUGGUGGAAGCUGGCUCUGCCUGUUGAAAAGAAAGAAUUAAAUUUAGGAGCUAUAUACAAAAAGGGUUAUAAUUUGUAUAUUGAUCUUCUCAAUUUAUAUAGUACCAUAGUAGCACCUGUUUUUCGUGAACUAUAUAUAAAACAAACAAUCACAUUUCCUGUGAUUAUAUAAUAGUUUAUGAGUAGUGUGAGUAGAUCCUUUUAUAUAUCCCGGGCAGCUCAAUGUCUAUGCUUGCUAUUUUUUUUGUUAAAUUUUGAAAAUCAUGUAAAUCGAGGAUGAAAUCAACCUGCGUUGUUAUAAAAAAGUUUAUGAAUUUGAUUUAUUGUAAUUUUUUUUUUUUUGAUUCCGCUGAAAUAGCUUUUGUUCAAAUCAUACAC